AUGUUGAACAGUCGAAUUGCUGAAAAAGAAAAGGAAUAUGCUUCCAUAUGUAAAUUAAGAGAUAUUUCUCAAGAAAUGUCUAAAAAAUUGGAGCUUUUAGCCGAAAGACUAGAGACUUUAAAUGAUGGUAGUGAAGCUGUGUCUGAAGUUUUACAAAACUGGCCUACGAUUUUUGAAUCUAUACAAUUAGCUUCUCAGAAUACAGAAGCUCUAGUGCGAGUUCCUCAUACUCUUGACCAAAAUCAACCAUUGAACCCUUCCUCACAUGAAUAA